AUGGUUUCGCCGGGCUUUGGCCGAGGGUCUGCCUCAAGAUGGGCGGUCCUCUUGCUUCUCGGUCAGCUUUCUCUCGGGCUGCGCACAACACCAGGUUCGCCCUGUGAAACCCGGUGCAGUCCGUCGAAGGCUACGACGCCCGAGGAGAUCGUGUGUGCCGAUCAUGAGUAUGAGGAUAGCGAAGUGGGAAGGAAGUUUGAGGACUGCAUUGAGUGCCAGCUGCAGAGUACCUACUCCGAUGGCACGACUGGACAGUCGGAUAUGGAAUGGGGUCUCUAUAACCUUCGGUAUGCCUUUACCUCGUGUGUUUAUGGGUACCCGGAAAAGGUGACUGAGAUCUCCAAUUCGUGUCCUGUCGCAUGCAAGGACCUGGAGAGUGCACUCGAGUUUGAGCUCAAGGAUCCUUCUCCUCUCAGUCUAGACACCUGGUGCGGUACCACAUCAUUCGCCGACAACGAGAUCACCGACUGUGGCAUCUGUUAUAACCUCACAUCCAACGAGGUCACCAGCCAGGUGUACUUGGCGAACUUCCUCGAGUCCCUCCGCUACAACUGCCACUUCGAAACUCCCACAGAUGAAGAAUUCCCCAUCUCUCCUAGCCGAAUAUUCUCCGAAUCCCUCCUACCCUCCUCAACCGCAAACCUAAUUUCAGGCUCCGGCUCCUCGGGGCCCGACAACCUCGCCCUCAUAAUCGCAAUGCCAAUCCUCGGCUUCGUCAUCCUCCUCUGCAUCCUCGCGCUAGGCUGCUUCUUCUUCAUCCGCUCGCGCCGCAAGAAAGUCCGUCGCCUCCACCAGUCGGGACACCUGCACGCGCGCUGGAACGACACGGGCAUCAGCACCCCACAGUGGGCUAUGGAGUACCCCGCGCAGGCGCAGGGUCCGUAUAGUCCUGCGAUAUAUUCGCCUCAGACGAUGUACUCGUCGCCACAGCCUGGGUUCGGGUUCGGGCUGGGGUUUGUGGAUAAUGAUGGGCGCGGGCAAGAUGUUGGGUAUUCAAAGUUUGUUGAGCCGGUAAUUGCGUCGCCAUCCACGGCAUACUCGCCCGAGGAGAAGGUGCCGCAGGCGCAGCAGAUGUAUUUCCCGCCGCCGCCGUCCAUGUCGAAUAAUGGGAAGAUGAGAGUGGCUGAAUGA